GAUAGAGUAAGUUAAAUUUUUAGACAUUGUCAGACCUGUACUACGUUAAUCCGCAAAUGGGUGGAGGAGCGGUGGAGACCACAGAGGAUGAACUAGAAGAUGAGGAAGAGGUUGAAGAGGGGAAGAUAGAGGACGAAGUAAAAGAGGGCGAGGCCAUGGGCGAGGCGCACGUGAGCGACGAGGAAAGAGAAAAAAAGGUCACGGAGUCCGAACAGGAACCUUCGAGAAAAUACGAAGUGAUUGGUACGCUUCUGGAGUAUAAGUAUCCUUACCCCGAAGAAGUAACGAGAAUUAUCAGAGAUACAGACGAUCGUAAAGAUCUAUUGUCAGAGUUAAUGAAAUGCGGAGUUAUUAUUUACGACAUUACACAAGAUCGAAGUCAGGUUGGGGAAGCUUCUUGGGUAUUAGAAGGUUCGCACAUUUAUUAUGUUUCUCAAACAAGAAUUUCCCAGCGGUCAUACCUAAAACUGAGGAAUUAAGUAAGAUCUCUAUAAAAAGAAUUGGCCUGCUUCUUUGCAAGGAAGU